AGCUUCCAGAAAGAAUUCAUACUUGGAAAAUUACAUUCUAAGCAUGAGUUGGGAGUAUCCGAAGAGACUUGGUACCCCAAGUGUCAGAGUUGUAGAAUCAGUGCUUCCAAGACAUUGUUGAGAUUUGAGAACAAUCUAUUAACUCGCAAG